UGCAGAGUUCGAGUCCGCGGCGCAGAGCGUCUCUCCAGCGCGCCAGCACCCCUUAGAGCCUAGAGGACUCGAGCAACGCCUGCGGGCGGAAGCGACGCAGCUGUCAGCGGCCGCGCUUCCGGCAGCGGCGCCGGCCCGGGCCCGCCUGCCUGUCUGAUGCCGCAUUGGAAGCAGACGGUGCCGCUAUGGAGCGCAGGGAUGGAGGCCACACUGUGUAUCCACACGUGCCUUUGGCUGAGUGCUGCCUGGAUCCCCAUCACUUCAUCAGUCGAACCAGGCUGCGGCGGGGAGCAUUCUCCUGGCACUGACAGCCAGCACGGGAAGCUGACGUGGGCUGUCAGCCUGGAGGCGCCCGAGGAGGAGCUGGAGCAGCGGGCAGAGGAGCUGGCACGGACUGCCGGGCUGGUGAACAUGGGCCGCGUCGGGGAGCUGAAGGGCCAUUACCUCUUCGCUUACCGGCCUGAGGGCCCAGGGGCAAGCGAACCCGAAGCAAUAAGGAGGGCAGUGGACACUUUGUUUGCACAGCAUGACAGUGUGCGGUGGCACUCAGAACAGAAGCUUCUGAAGCGCUCCAAACGCAGCCUGCACUUUAAUGAUCCCAAAUACCCCCAGCAGUGGCAUCUGAACAACCGCAAGAGCCCUGGGAAGGACAUCAAUGUCACAGGCGUCUGGGAGCGGAACGUGACGGGGCGUGGUGUGACGGUGGUGGUGGUGGACGACGGCGUGGAGCACACCAUCAAAGACAUACAGCCAAACUAUAGCCCAGAAGGCAGCUAUGACUUGAAUUCCAACGAUCCUGACCCUAUGCCUCACCCCGAUGAGGAGAAUGGCAACCACCACGGGACGCGCUGUGCUGGGGAGAUCGCUGCUGUGCCGAACAACAGCUUCUGCACGGUGGGAGUUGCCUAUGGGAGCCGCAUCGCAGGCAUCCGAGUGCUGGAUGGACCCCUCACUGACAGCAUGGAAGCCAUCGCCUUCAACAAGCACUAUCAGAUCAACGAUAUCUACAGCUGUAGCUGGGGUCCAGAUGACGAUGGGAAAACCGUGGAUGGCCCCCAUCAACUGGGAAAGGCCGCCCUGCAGCACGGCGUGAUAGCGGGGCGCCGGGGCUUUGGGAGCAUUUUUGUUGUGGCCAGUGGCAACGGCGGGCAACAUAACGACAACUGCAACUAUGAUGGAUAUGCCAACUCCAUCUACACUGUCACGAUAGGUGCAGUGGACGAGACAGGCUCCAUGCCAUUCUAUGCCGAGGAAUGUGCCUCCAUGCUGGCGGUGACCUUCAGCGGUGGGGACAAGAUGAUGAGGAGCAUCGUGACAACAGAUUGGGAUCUGCAGAAGGGCACGGGCUGCACAGAAGGCCACACCGGGACGUCAGCUGCCGCUCCUCUUGCAGCCGGGAUGAUCGCGCUGAUGCUACAAGUGCGACCAUGCCUCACCUGGCGAGAUGUCCAGCACAUCAUCGUCUUCACUGCCACCAAGUAUGAGGAUCGUCACGCGAAGUGGGACGUCAACAAGGCCGGCUUCAGCCACAGCCAUCAGCACGGCUUUGGCUUGCUGAAUGCCUGGAGGCUGGUUAAUGCAGCCAAGGUCUGGGAGUCUGUCCCGUACCUUGCCUCGUACGUGAGCCCUGUGCUGAAGGAGGGCAGGACCAUCCCGCUGCUCCCGCAGGAGCUGGAGGUCGCCUGGAAUGUCACCACUGCCAACCUGGAGCUCUCCGGCAUGAGAACCCUGGAGCACGUGGCAGCCACGGUCACCAUAACCCACCCUCGUCGCGGCAACCUGGAGAUCAGGCUUUUCUGCCCCAGUGGCAUGAUGUCCUUGAUAGGGACCACCAGGAGCAUGGACUCGGACCCCAAUGGCUUUGCCGACUGGACCUUCUCCACGGUCCGGUGCUGGGGUGAGGAAGCACACGGCACGUACAGACUGGUCAUCAGGGACAUUGGAGAUGACAGCCUGAGGCCUGGGACCUUGAAGCAGUGGCAGCUGAUCCUGUACGGCUCUUCCUGGUCCCCAGCAGAGAUGAAGGAGCGGCAGAGGUUGCUGGAGGAAGCCAUGAGUGGGCAGUACCUGCGCAGUGACUUCUCCCUGCCCUGCCCUCCAGGGCUGGAGAUCCCCGAGGAGCAGACCUACACCAUCACGGCCAACACCUUGAAGACCCUCCUGCUGUUGGGAUGCUUUGCUGUGUUCUGGACGUUCUACUACGUGCUGGAGGUUUGCCUGACCAGGAACAACGUGGGGAUUGACCUGACAUGCAAUGGUUCCUCUGCCUGCAAGUGGUACCAGCAGGGAGGGAAGCACAGAGCCCUGGAGAACGGCCUGGAGAUGGAGUCUGUGCCGCUCUACCAUGAGAAGGACAUUGAGGACGUCGAGAUGCAGUGUGAGUGCCCGGAGACUGCCCAGGAGGAGGAAGAGGAGGGGUCCUGGACCCCCACCCACCCCAAACUUCCCAGCAGCGGCAGAGCUGGGAGCUUCCAGGAGGCAGCCCCUGCCAGAGCAGAGUACCUUGGCCGGGAGGCAACGGCUGAGCUCCUCUUGGAGGACAGGGAGCACCAGCCGUGCUAGCGGGGCCUUGGGCUGCAUCCCUCGCACUCGGUAUGGCCUUCCCAGCACGGGCAGCAGAGACUUCUGAGCCACCAGGACCAUUGCCACUGUGUCCUUGCGGAUAGUGGUGUUGGAAGCGGCUCGGAAACAAAGAGAAAAAGUGCUGACAGCGGAAAGGGAAGUUUCCCUUUCCCUUGCUCUGGAAAACAAUGCAAGCCUUAAACCCAUUCCUAGCAGAGCCGGCCUUGCAGUGGCACUCGGGGCUUCUGUUUCUGUGUGGCACAAGGUGCACACCGAUGCCUCCUGGCAGCGUGGCAGAGCUACCCCCAGAGUCCCCUGCACGCCACAGCCUUGCAGCAUGGGGAAGAGGCAUCCUUUUGGCCCCAGGUUCUGCAGAGCAAGCCUGGAAGUUGUGGCCAGGCUCCUGGCAGCUGCCUCUGUGGGCAGGGCCCCCACAGCGCUGUCGUUUCUGCCCUGCGGGGCUGCGAGCUGGCUGGUUCUCAUCACUUGGGCCCAGCUUAGAAGCAGGGAGCUGUUCUGCCCAUCCGCACCCGGCGUUUGCUCGCUGACCCCUGCGCUCUGACCCUGCUGCCUCCUCCUCCUGCACGAGGAGGCCUUACACGUGGGGAGGCAGCAAGGAUUUCUCACCCAUCCUGCUCCAAGGGGUAGACUGGGGAGUUCACCACGGAUACCGUGGCAGCUUAAACCUCUCUGAUCGCCCUCCCUGCCUCUAACCAGGGCCUCAGUUUGUGCUCAGUGCCCAGGAGGGAUGAGGCUAUUUGGGCCGGGAAGGGGAGGCUGAGUUGCUCUGGCAGCGGCUCAGGGUUGGCUUCUUCCUGUGUCUUUGGGUCCCUUGGUUUAUUUUUUUAAAGCUGGGGUUUGUUUUUUUUAAAUCAGCAAAGCCCUUUUGUGUAGCUUUCCAAAUAAAGUCUUAAAAACCCUC